CGUGAGCGGAACUGGCCCGGCGCCGUAGCCUAGCAACCGUCGCUAAGGGCCCGGGCGGCUGGGCGCUUCUUAAGGUGCUUUUCUAGACACCAUUAUGAGUGACCAACUGAAAUUCAUAGUUGAGAAGCUCAACAAGGAGCCUUUUAAAAAGAACUUCAACUUAAUCACUUUUGAUUCUCUGGAGUCAAUGCAGCUCUUACAGUUGCUCAGUGAUGUUCUAGGAGAGAUUGACCCCAAGCAUAUUGUUGACAUUAGAGAAGAGUUGCCAGAGCACACAGCGAAACGGAUGUUGACCCUGCUUGGCAUUCUUAAAUAUAAACCUCCAGGAGGUACCAGUGACUUGAGCACGUUCCGUCAAGGGUUAGUGACGGGAAGCAAGCCUGUCGUCCACCCUGUCUUGCAUUGGCUCCUACAACGGACCAGUGAGCUCAAGAAAAGGGCCUAUCUUGCACGCUUUCUGAUCAAAGUGGACGUGCCAACUGAGUUCCUUCAGGAUGACACAGUUGCUGAUACCAACAGACAGUAUGAAGAACUGAUGGAAGCUUUCAAAAGCUUACAUAAAGAAUGCGAACAGCUCAAGACAUCUGGCUUCUCAACUGCAGAAAUAAGAAGGGAUAUCACCGCAAUGGAAGAGGAGAAGGAUCAGCUGAUGAAGCGAGUGGAACGGCUGAAGAAGCGGGUGGAGACGGUGCAGAAUCAUCAGCGAAUGCUUGAAAUGGCCCGCCAGCUUCGAGUGGAGAAAGAGCGGGAGGAAGCUCUUGCCCAGCAAAAGCAAGAACAGAAAAACCAGCUUUUUCAUGCAGAGCAGCGACUACAGAGAGUCCAACUUCAGCUCAAGGACAUGCGUCAUGCAGCCGUGGAUUCAAAGCCAGAAAGCUUAAUGAAGAGUCUAGAAGAGGAGACAAAGUUCAACACAUACUUGGUCUCUGAGAAAUUUCCUAGAGAGCUGGAAGCAAAGAAACAGUCGCUGCACCUCUUGCAAAAAGUGGUGGCCGAGCCAGCCAUGGGCCAGUCGGAUCUCAACGAGCUUGAAUCCAAAAUAAAAGAGGUCAAUGCACAAAUCAAUCAGUUAAUUGAGAAGAGGAUGAUGAAAUAUGAACCCAUUGAUAGUAAAUUUUCAAUGUACCGGCAACAGGCCUCCAUCAUUUCCCGGAAGAAAACAGCCAAGGCAGAGGAACUUCAGACUGCCAAGGAAGAGAUCACCAACUUGGAGAGGCAAAUGAUGCAAAAGUCAAGCCAGGCUCGGGAGCUGAACGGGGCAGAAGUCUUGAAAGGCGAUGAGUUUAAGCGGUAUGUUAAUAAGCUUCGAAGCAAAAAUACCCUCUACAAGAAGAAGCGCCUGGAAAUAGCAGAGAUUACAGCAGAGUAUGGCAUCCUGCAGAGAACAGAAGAGCUCCUGAGACAACGGCACGAAGAUAUUCAGCAGCAACUGCAAGCCAUUGAAGACAAGAAGGGUAUCUCUGGAUACAGCUAUACGCAGGAGGAGCUGGAGAGGGUGUCGGCAGUCAAGAGCGAAAUGGAUGAAAUGAAGGGCCGAACUCUGGACAACAUGUCUGACAUGGUGAAAAAACUGAACGCCAUGGUAGCUGAAAAAAAGUCAAGCUUGGCUCCCAUCAUCAAAGAUCUAAGGCAGUUGCGACAGAAGUGCCAGGAAUUAACCCAAGAAUGUGAAGAGAAAAAGUCCCAGUACGACAGCUGCGCAGCUGGCUUGGAGAGUAAGCGUUCGUCCCUGGAGCAGGAGGUGAAGAGCCUUCAGGAGGAGUGUCUUCAGGAGGAAAGCUGCUAUCAUCAUGUCAACUGCAUGAAAAAGAUUUUCGAAGUCCAGCUGCAGCGUGUCAAAGAUGAGGUGAAAAUGUAUGUUUCUUCAGAUCAACAGGAAAGAAAGAAGGCAGUCAGGGAUCAGUAUUCCAAGAUGAUCACAGAACAAGAGAACCUUGGAAAGAAACUGCGAGAGAAGCAAAAGGCUGUCCGAGAAAGUCAUGGCCCCAAUCUGAAGCAAGUAAAAAUGUGGCGAGAUCUGCAGCUGCUCAUGGAGUGCAAAAAAGACUGUUUUCUCAAGCAACAAAACCAAACAUCCGUUGGCCAAGUCAUUCAGGAAGGGGGAGAAGACCGCCUGGUCUUGUGAAAGCUCUCUGCUUGGUAUCUAGGUCAUCCCAAAGAGCAAUUCUUCCCUGAGCAAGUCUGUGGCACAUGUUGGUUGAAGUUUACAAUUGUUUCUAUGCAAAUUAGAUUUCUAAUUGCCAUGGUUCAGGAGUUUAGUUAAAAAGGUUCUUGGCUUAAAUAGAAUAGUGUUGGGAUUGGAGGUCGCUUCAUUUGUUCCUUCUUAGGAGAGAAAAUCUUUUAUUUUGCUGAUGGAUGGGCAGGCCUCCCAUCAGUUGAAAGCCAGUUGUGUGGCUAAAGCAGUGGGAAGGUUUGUGGAUGCAGUUGCAUUCAAAUGUCUUUAAGAGGCAAAUCAUUCCGGAGAAGCAGAGACAAAAAACAGGAUUAGGAUAGGUUGUAGAUGAUGUGACAUCAUGCCACAGAACCAGCCAGGUUCAAGUCACACAGGCUCCCACCCCUUUAGGUGCAUACCUUUCACACCCUGCUUCUUUUUGGCCCAAGAAAGUGGGACCAGUUCAUUUCUCCAAAGCCCCUUUCACAAUCCCAGUAGCCAGAACCAGGGUUGAGGAAGGACCUUUGAGUUAUUGAAGGAAAAAAUGCAUGCUUAAAUUACAGGGAAGUUGUGGGCAAGGCUUCCUGUCAGCGACGGAGUGGAUGUAUAAACCCUGAUGAUCUUUGUGGGCCUUGAUUCUUCUCUGAGUUGCCCCCGUGGACCUGCCGGUUGCUCAAAGGCCAAAAAGCAGAGGACCCACUUUCCUUAAUUCUCUUGGAUCCAAACUAAAGCUUCAGCACAGGUGAUCUGGAAUUCUUCUGCCUUUUCUCACUUGCUUCACCUUUAGUGAACAUACUUAGAAGUGUUUAUUUUUGCGUUGAAAUUUAUUUUUUUUAAAGUUCCCUUCUUCAGCUUAUUACAUUGCUGAUGUUGUUGAUUUCCUUGUGGCGUUCCGCAUGCAUGCGCUCUCUCUUUUAAACUGGUGGAUACUUGUUUUUCAUUAAUGUAGCAAGAAAGACAAUAAACUUAUUUGUA